UCCAAGUUUACGUCGAUGUGAUUGGCUUGUUCCGCUGUGACGUUUACAGGAAGUGGUCACGCAAAUUACCAGAAUCAUAACAUUGGAAGUCAUUCUCCUUGUCCUUAUACCUGUAUCGUCUUUUAAUUUGAUCAGUUCUUCGAGUUCGAGUGUCGUUAUAAUUUUGCGUUUGAUUGACUGUACGAAUGUAAAAUGGUUUGUUGUUUGCUUAGAAACGAGCAGGAUGGCUCCUCUGCAACAUGAUCGCAGGAUGAACGGAAUGGUGAUCAUGUGACCUUUACCCCUACCCUCACACUCAAACGCACUAACAUAAUCGUCGUAUAAUAUUUUUUUUGAUUUAUUUAUUUAUUUAUUUAUUUAUUUUGUAAGCAUGCCUCGACUGGAAGUGUUUGCCAAUGUGGCCCUGAGGGUGCCGAGCAUCCUGGUGCUGGACCUGUUUUAUAAGUAUGACAUCGUGGCUCUAAUGGAGCAACUCAGAGUAAAAAACGAACAUGUGUUCAGCAAGUACCGAUGGCUCAUUUGUGACACGUUCUACCUUGGUCACUUGCUGAUGCUGGUUUUGCUGCUGCUCCCACUGAGACAUAUAGUAAGUGUCUACCUGCACGUACUGGCUGCCAUGCUACUCUUUGUGGGACACCAAAUCGCAAAGGAAUUCAUCCUGGAUGAGAUACGGUCAGACCACCAGGGGGCGCCCUACCUCCACGCUGAAGCCUUCAAUAGAUUCAUUCGAUCAUUGACAAGUCAGCUCCUCGUGAGCGCACUGUGUGCUUUCCUAAUGAAAACGCGCAAGGUGUGGCUCUUCUGGACCCCCGCUCUCCCCCUGCUGGCCCGCCUGUGCGGCGCCCCCGCAAACCUGCUCCCUGCCAUCCACGUCUUUGCCGUCACGCUCAGCGAGGUCGCCUGCGAACUCUUCCUGCUCUUGUUACUCUACCGCCUCACCAAGAAGGCCUUGUCACUCAAGAUGGAGAAUCCCGCACAGGUGUUGGCGUUCUCUCGCCUGCCGGCGGCGGCUAUUUCCUUGUGGACUGAGUUUGCCGUGCCACUUCUGUUUAGCGUCUUCUGGGUGGUCCUCUUUGUGGUCCACUUGUGCUCCAGCAUCAUGUCUCCUGCCGCCUCGUUCGCCGCCCAUCAGAGCCUCCUCUUCUUCCUGCUCACCAGUGUUUCCGAAUGCUGCACCACGCCGUACUCCCUGUUGGGUCUGACUUUCGUGGUGUCCUACUUGGCUCUGGGUCUGCUCACCUUCUGUAAAUGGUUCCUGGGGAGCCACGAUGACGCCCUGAACAACCACAACGUCAUGCACAGGGGGGUGACGGAGGGCGUGACGCUGCUGCUGCUGGCCCUGCAGACGGGCCUGCUGGCGACGGCCACGCUGCAGCGGACCUUCCUGCUCAGCAUCAUCUUCUUCAUCGUACUCACGUCCACAAUGCAGGCCAUGCUCGAAAUCGCGCACCCGCUCGUCCUCGCUCUGGCCGCCUCGCAAAACAGGAGUGUGUGGAAGCACUUGCGUGGGCUCAGCGUGUGUCUUCUUCUGCUGGUCUUCCCAGUUUUCAUGGCAUAUGAAAUUUUGCAAUUCUUCCAUAUGGACUUCUGGCUCCUCAUUUUGGUUGCAGGGUGCAUGCUCACCUCCCUUCAGAUAACAGGCACGCUGUUCAUCUACUCCCUCUUCAUGGCGGAGCUAUUCCGCAGCGAGCCUGUGGACAACCUGGACGAGGUCAUCUACUGGGUGAACGCGGUGAGCCGCUCGCUGGAGUUCGCUGUGGCGCUGUGCGUGGUGGCGUAUGCCGUCUGGGAGUCGCUGGUGGGCGAGUGGAGCUGGACGGGCGCCUCGGUAAUUGUCGUCCACUCUUACUGCAACGUAUGGCUGCGGGCGCGCUCGGGCUGGCGCAGCUUUGUGCUUCGCUUGGAGGCCGUCAAGAAGAUCAACUCGCUACCCCGGGCCACGCCGGAGCAGCUCGGGCGGCACAACGACGUCUGCGCCAUCUGCUUCAUGGAGAUGACGUCGGCCGUGGUCACGUCGUGCGAUCACUUGUUUCAUGCCAACUGCUUGAGCAAGUGGCUCCACGUGCAGGGGACGUGUCCCAUGUGCCACCAGACGGUCCCGGCCCACCCGCCGACCCACCAUGGCAGGGAACCCGAUACUUCGACACCACUGGAGCCCGACGCCGGGGCCAUUUUGGAGGAAGACGUCGACUCUGUAGAGGAAGACGAUUUCGGCUCGGCAGAGGAUGAUUCAGACGAGAAUGAUUUUAUUUGAUGGGUUUUUUUUUUUUUGGUCUUUAUUUUUUGUCUUCACAAACCGUACAGUCCAGUCACAUUAAAUCAGUUUCAUGCUAACAUAUGAAUGGACAAACGGGAUAAGGUGCUCUAUGUUUUUUUUCUCAAAGACUCCUGGGUGGCCUCAUUGUCGAUUUUUCUGAUCCUUUAUUUUGGCCUUCCGUCUACAUGCAAACAGACUUUGUUGAUUGGUGGAAAAAGAAUUUAAGUGAUGAAGUUGUUUUUUUUUAACCAAAUGUGACUGUUGAUAUUUGUUAAAACCACAAGACACCAUGGUGUGGAUUCAACAACUAUUUGAAAGCUUAAGAAGGAACUCUUAGUUGUUGGGUUUAUUUUAGAAGCUAACAUGCCAAACCAAAAAUAGAAUCAAGAUAGUGAGUGCUUCGCAACUGUGGUGUGUUUCACAAUCAUUAAAUAUCUGGAUAUAAUCUUGAUCCUUUGAAACGAAGUUUAUAAAAUCAAAAAAGUAUACUCUAUGAAUUAGUCCACGACCACGGUCCAUUGGGCGCCGUUGAACUGGACUGCCCCUACACCUGUCUAUGGACCCCGUGAAAGCUAUUUAGUGUGUUUUGGGAUGUUCUCUUGUAUUGAGGGGUGCUGGUUGGCCACAGUUAUUUUUUUUCCUUUGUCUUUUAGCUUUGUUUUGCUUUGAUGGCUUUUAUCUUGAGCACUUUCUGGCUUUCUUUGUGGCGCCGUUGUGUGGCAGCCUUAUGAGAGCCUAUUGAGUUGCGCUCAUGCCAUUUGUGCGUCUUUUGUAUACCCACUCUGUGGUAUGAAUACUGCUGGGGCCUGAAUUUCCCCACCCCUGGGGAUCAAUAAAUAAAUAUACAAUAUAAA